UCUUAAAUAGAAUAAUAAUAUCUCUUUUGCCACAAUUGUCUUUACAUGAUAUGAACACACAACACACAGUUCCAUAAAUAAGUAAAAGUGAUAGCAUGGCAGAGACUCGCAAUUUCAGCCAAUACAUACAGAGAAGAAGAAGAAUAAGUAGGAGCAGCAUAAAAUCCGAAUUUGACUCUUCUCUGAAAUUAUCGCAUUAGAUCUCAAUCUAUCUAUCUAUAUGCAGAUAAAUAAAUAAAUAAAUAAAAUAUAAAUAAAUCCAUUUACCCGAAUGUUAUCUACUACCAAUGCAAUUUCCCUCAUCUUCCGCUCCCGUGCUUCUGCCGGAGACCCCACCUCCUUCCCUCGUCUCUUCCACUCCUCACUCUCACUGCCCACCACUUCGGGAAGACUACCUGCCGUUGAAACUGGCGGCGCCGCAGUUAGACGCGCCGGUGGGAACGAGUGGAUGAAGGUGAAAGCGAAGGAGAGAAAAUGGUCACGAAAUAGAGAAGGUUACAUGUUUGAUAAUGGUGAGCCUCUUCCACUUCCCAUGACUUAUCCUGAUUCUUCUCCUGUUUCGUCUCAAGAGAUUGAUCAGCGUCUUCAAUGUGACCCCAAACUUGAGGAUUGUAAAGAGGUGGUUUAUGAAUGGACUGGCAAGUGUCGUAGCUGCCAAGGAUCGGGAUAUGUAAGCUACUAUAACAAAAGAGGGAAAGAGGUCACUUGCAAAUGCAUUCCUUGUAUGGGAAUUGGAUACGUGCAGAAGAUAACAGCUCGGAAAGAUAUUGAUUUAAUGGAGGACUUGGGUAAUGGAAAACCGUCAUGAUGGUUGAUGUUCUCCACUAACCUCGCCCCCAGUUUUUUUAUUUAAUUUUCUCUAGUUCCCUUUCUUUACCUCGGGAAUCCAUACUAUACUGUAUUCAUCUUGAUGAGCUUUAUUCUUCCAUGAUUGUUACUCAAUAUACUCAUGUAAAUCAACAUUUUUACGAUUAGAGAGACUCGUAAAGAUUAUAACA